GAGGGGGGGGGCCGGAGGGAGGAACACCGCCCCCACCUCCUUCUCUUCUCCACCCUCGCAGUCGGGGGAGCGCUUUUGUUCCACAGCUCCGAGGACGCACGCUGAUGGAUGGAUAGCAGGAGGGAGAGAAGAUGUCGUUCUUCGGCGUGGAGCGUGUCAGAAAGAAGGAGAGAGAGCUGGAGAGAAAACUCCGCGCCAACGACCGCGAGUUCAACCUGCCCUUCAAAUAUGCGACGAACGGCAUCAAGACCUCCAAGUACAACCCCUUCACCUUCCUACCCCUCAACCUGUUCGAGCAGUUCCAGAGGAUCGCCAACGCCUACUUCCUGUUCCUGCUGGUGCUCCAGGUGAUUCCUCAGAUCUCGUCUCUGUCCUGGUUCACCACGGUGGUGCCUCUCGUCCUCGUGCUGACGGUCACCGCCGCCAAGGACGCCACCGACGACCUGAAUCGCCACAGGAGCGACAAUCAGGUCAACAACAGAAAAGUUGACGUCCUUAUUGACAGAAAACUGCGCAGCGAGAAAUGGAUGGACGUCCAGGUGGGCGACAUCAUCAAACUGGAAAACAACCAGUUUGUCACCGCCGACCUCCUGUUGCUCUCCAGCAGUGAACCCCUCAACCUGGUUUACAUCGAGACGGCAGAACUGGACGGAGAGACGAACCUGAAGGUGAGACAGGCCCUCACCGUGACGGGAGAUCUGGGCGAGGAUGUCGAGAAACUGGCAGACUUCAACGGCGAGGUACGCUGCGAACCCCCCAACAACCGCCUGGACCGCUUCACGGGAACGCUGACCCACGCGGGCCAGAAGUACCCGCUGGACAACGAGAAGAUCCUGCUGCGCGGCUGCACCCUGAGGAACACCGGGUGGUGCUUCGGACUGGUGCUAUUUGGAGGUCCGGAGACGAAGCUGAUGCAGAACUGUGGGAAGAGCACGUUCAAGAGGACCAGUAUUGACCGCCUGAUGAAUGUCCUCGUCCUCUGUAUUUUUGGCUUCCUGGCCUUCAUGUGCGUCAUCCUGGCGAUAGGAAACUGCUUGUGGGAGCUGAAGGCGGGCUCCCAGUUCACAGUGUUCCUGCCCCGGCAGGACGGAAACAGCGCCGGCUUCUCCGCCUUCCUCACCUUCUGGUCCUACGUCAUCAUCCUCAACACCGUGGUGCCCAUCUCGCUCUACGUCAGCGUGGAGAUCAUCCGCCUGGGGAACAGCUUCUACAUCGACUGGGACAGGAAGAUGUACCACCCGCGCAACGACACCCCCGCCGAGGCUCGGACCACCACGCUGAACGAGGAGCUCGGCCAGAUCAAGUACGUCUUCAGUGACAAGACGGGGACGCUCACCCAGAACAUCAUGACGUUCAACAAGUGCUCCAUCAACGGAAAGUCCUACGGGGACGUAUUCGACUACGCCGGUCAGAGGCUGGACAUCACUGAGCACACAGAUCCGGUGGACUUCUCCUUCAACCCGCUGGCCGACCCUCGCUUCGUGUUCCACGACCACGCGCUGGUGGAGGCGGUGAAGCUGGAGAACCCGGAGGUCCACGCCUUCUUCCGGCUGCUGGCCCUCUGCCACACCGUCAUGGCCGAGGAGAAGAAGGAAGGGGAGCUCUCCUACCAGGCCCAGUCGCCGGAUGAGGGCGCUUUGGUGACGGCGGCCAGAAACUUUGGAUUUGUCUUCCGCUCUCGAACGCCCGACAGCGUUUCCAUCGUGGAAAUGGGCGAGCAGCGCCGCUACGAGCUGCUGGCCAUCCUGGACUUCAACAACGUCCGCAAGAGGAUGUCGGUCAUAGUCAGGAGCCCGGAGGGGAAGCUACGCCUCUACUGUAAAGGUGCCGACACGAUCGUCUACGAGAGGCUGCAUCAGUCCUGCGGCAAGCUGAUGGACGUCACCACGGAGCACAUGAACGAGUUUGCGGGGGAGGGCCUGCGGACUCUGGCUCUGGCCUACAGGGAUCUAGACCAGGAGUAUUUCAGCCAGUGGAAGCAGCGGCACCACGAGGUCAGCACCUCCCUGGACGACCGGGACGGCAGACUGGACGAGCUGUACGAGGAGAUAGAGACAGAUCUGCAGCUGCUCGGAGCCACGGCGAUAGAAGACAAGCUGCAGGACGGAGUGCCUCAGACCAUCGAGCAGCUGGCCAAAGCCGACAUCAAAGUCUGGGUUUUGACUGGCGACAAGCAAGAAACCGCGGAGAACAUCGGCUACUCGUGCAACCUACUGCGGGAGGAGAUGAACGAGGUCUUCGUGCUCUCUGGGAACUCUCCCGAGGACGUCAGGCGGGAACUGAGAAACGCGCUGAGCUCCAUGAAGCCAGCAGGGGACUCGACGGUCCUGCCAGAAGGCCCUCCGGGUAAACGCGGGAAGGUCCUGCCAGACGAGGCGGUGAAUGGAGAGUACGGACUGGUCGUCAACGGACACAGCCUGGGCUACCCCCUGGAGCGCAGCAUGGAGCUGGAUUUCCUGAGGACGGCGUGCAUGUGCAAGGCGGUGAUCUGCUGCAGGGUCACUCCGCUGCAGAAGGCUCAGGUGGUCGAGCUGGUGGAAGAGUACAAGCAGGCGGUCACUCUGGCGAUUGGGGACGGAGCCAACGACGUCAGCAUGAUCAAAGCCGCUCACAUCGGAGUGGGCAUCUCGGGUCAGGAGGGCAUGCAGGCCGUGCUGUCCAGCGACUACUCCUUCGCGCAGUUCCGCUUCCUGCAGCGCCUCCUGCUGGUGCACGGCCGCUGGUCCUACCUGCGCAUGUGCAAGUUCCUGCGCUACUUCUUCUACAAGAACUUCACCUUCACCUUCGUCCACUUCUGGUACGCCUUCUUCUGCGGCUUCUCUGCGCAGACGGUGUACGACGAGUGGUUCAUAACGCUCUACAAUCUGGUGUACACCGCGCUACCUGUGCUGGGGAUGAGUCUGUUCGACCAGGAUGUGAACGACAAGUGGAGUUUCCAGCACCCUGAGCUUUACCUCCCCGGGCAACUCAACUUGUACUUCAGCAAGAAGGCCUUCUUCAAGUGCGCCCUGCACAGCUGCUACAGCUCGCUGGUGCUCUUCUUCAUCCCCUACGCGGCCAUGCACGACACCGUGAGGGCCGACGGGAAGGACGUGGCCGACUACCAGUCCUUCGCCCUCCUCACGCAGACCUGCUUGCUGUUCACCGUCACCAUCCAGUUGGGGUUGGAGAUGUCCUACUGGACGGCGGUGAACACCCUCUUCGUGGUGGGCAGUCUGGUCAUGUACUUCGCCGUCACCUUCACCAUGUACAGUAACGGCAUGUUCCUCGCGCUGCCCUCGGCCUUCCCGUUCGUAGGAACUGCCCGAAACUCUCUGAACCAGCCCAACAUUUGGCUGACGAUCCUCCUCACCUCCAUCCUGUGUGUCCUUCCUGUCGUCACCUGCCGCUUCCUGUUUAUUCAGCUCUGCCCCACCAUCAAUGACAAGGUGAUGUUAAAGGUGCGACAGGCCAAAACCAAGGACCCUCCUCUGCCUCGCCGCGCCCGCAUCCGUAGAACCAGCUCCCGCCGCUCUGGCUACGCUUUCUCGCACGCGCAGGGCUACGGCGACCUGGUGACGUCGGGCCGCUUCCUGCGGCGCCCCGCCCCGUCGCGCUCCUCGGGUUUGGCCCACGCGGGCCGCUCCACCACGAGCUUCAGCCCCAUGGGGAGGUCGGCGGGCUACAGCCCGACGGGGCGCCCCCAGAACGCCAAGGUCCAGGACGUGGAGGUGACGUCGCUGCAGAUGUACAGGAGCGUCAGAGAUCCCGCCCUGUGACGGACGGCUGGCUUUUUACUUCGGGGGGCGGGACAUCUGGAUGUUGCUGGAAAAGCUCCAAUCUGUACAUCCGUUAAGACGAAGGAUCCGCUCAGCGUGCCCCGAGACGAGGUCACGGAAAGGUCGGGGCUUUUAUUUUGUAAUGGUUUCAUCAAAGGGAAGCUACAGCAACAUCUCGUCCUUUUUGGAACGUGAGUGUUCAUGUGAAACGUGGCUCAUAACCGAGGAGACGGUGAGAGGGGAGAUUCACUUUCAUGUCGGCAUCAACCACCGUAGGAGGGGGGACGAGGUGUCACCAUGUUUACAGGCUACCCAGAAUUCCUUUCCCCUGGGAGUCCAGAUGCACAGCAGGAACAGAGGAGACAACCAACCAUUCGCAAUAAAAUAUCACCUUUUUGUAUAGGUUUUACUUUAUUCUUAAAUCUUUUUAUUUUCCCUUCCCGGCGAGGUGUUUGUCCCGUGGCAGCGUCUCUUGACAGUGUCACAUGAAAGUGUCACGUGACUGCGGCAGAUGACAGCAAGAGAAUGUUUCAAGGAUGCCAAAUGAGCCGUGAAGACAAACAAAAAGAGAUCCAGCAUUUUCUUUUUUCUGCUCUCAUCACCUUCUAUUUCCUCUUAGUGGAGUAAUAUGUCAUUUGUUUUGUAAAUUCUAAAGUACUUUUUCAUGCAGACUCAUUACCUCAUGCCGGUAAACACAAGUGUUGUUUCUGGAUUAUUAUUUGAGGAUAAAAUGAGUUUAAUGGACGUUUUUGAUUAAAGUACUGUAUGUUACCUGGAUUAAACCGGAUCACAUUUAGACCCACUUCAGGGCAAAUGUAGUUAAAAUACACAAGGAUGUGUCUUAAAUGAUCCUUAAUUGAUCACCUCAGCAUCACAUUUUAAAAUCAUAUCAUUAUUUCCAAAUGCUGCGUUUUCUUCAGCUACUUUUUGUCUAAUGAUCAACCGUAUUUAUUCCACUAAAACGCCUGUUUGUCUCAGUUGUUUCUUGUUGGUUUUGUCUUUCUCUCUCAAUUCUGGCUGAAAAUGGGCGCUAGAAAAUCCCAGUCUGCCUUGAUAUCGAAAGAAAAAGAUAUUCCUUUAUAUAAUGCAUUGCAGGCACUACAAUGACAAGAAUGUUUGAUGCAAAAAUAUGAUGUUAACAAAUAUAUUUGUACAACACGUUCAAUGACUGGCAACAUCUGUGUGAAGCACAUAUUUUUAAACUCAUGCACUAGCUUUAUUUGAUAGCCGUCCACAUUUUCCAUGUCUCGUGGUAUCCAUGGAGAUGCGCUGACUGGUUUUAUCCACUAAACUGUUUUUUCCCGGUGGCCCGGCCCUGAACGCACUCGCCCUCUGACCCCAGGGGUCAGACGAAAACUUUAGAAUGAUGAGCGGCCGUCUUGGGAGGAGGGAAGGAGUGAGGAAAGGAGGGAAGGAAGGAACAGCAGGAUGAUUCAUCCCAGGCGAACUUGAAAUAAUAAAAAAUAUAUACACAAAUGGUCUGUGGAGGCGUUUCCUGUUUAUUUGUGGUCAUAAUGAAAGUAAAUUGUAGCCAUAAUGAAAACGUAAGAUAUUUAUCAAUAUAUAUUACUGUCAUUGUAUCCCUGUUUCUCAAAUAUGACACAAAUAUACAUUGUUUUAUCUCUGCUCUUCCUGUUAUCCAUUUUGUAUCUUUUGUACUCAAAAUGCAAUAAUAAAAGAUCAAAAAUGU